AUGCGUUUCUCAGCAUCUGUCAUCCUUGCCACCGCUGUCGCCAGCACGACCUCUGCUCAGAAAGUUGUCGGCGCGGCUUACGGCUUUGCCACUGGCGUCACUGGAGGUGGUAGCGCCUCCGCUGCUACCCCAUCCUCUGCUGAAGAGUUGGCUGAAUGGCUUUCCGAUAACACCGCCCGCACCAUCGUCAUCGACAAAGAGUACAACUUUACCGGUAAGUCGGCUUCAGGAGCUGGGUGCGACCGCAAGAGCUGCAGCUCCGCGAAAGGUGGACAAUUGUUUCUUGGAGACCUGUCUUGCGGAACUAGUGAUAACGUCGUCGCUACUGUUACUUACGACGUUGCUGGUACCGAGCCUCUGGUUGUCGGAAGCAACAAGAGUAUCAUCGGCUCCAACGGCAAGGGAGUUCUCAUUGGUAAGGGACUCCGCAUUCAGAAGAACGCCAAGAACGUCAUCAUCCAGGGUAUCACUAUCACCAACCUUAAUCCUGGUGUUGUUUGGGGAGGUGAUGCCAUCGAUCUUCAGGCAAUGAUGGUGUCUGGAUCGAUCACAACAAGAUCUCCCUCAUCGGCCGCCAGUUCAUCGUCAGCCACUACGACGGCUCCCGCGUUACUAUCUCCAAUAAUGAGUUCGACGGUAUCCACUACCUCUGCCUCCUGCAACGCCAACCACUACUGGACCAUGAUGCUCAAUGGUAACGGCGACCAAAUGACCCUCGAUCGCAACUACUUCCACGACGUGUCCGGCCGCUCUCCUAAGCUCGGCGAGAAGGGAACUUUCCAAGCGACCAAUAAUCUGUUUUCUGACAUGAAGGGCCACGCUUUUGAACUCUACUCUGGCACCGUUUCCCUCAUCGAGGGCAAUGCUUUUGAGUCUGUUAAUACUCCCUACGACGGCGAGUUAUACUCUAACAGCUUUAACGUCCCUGACGCCUCUUCCGCCAGCUCUUGUAUCUCCUCUAUCGGCCGUGCGUGCCAGGUCAACAGCCUUGAUUCCUCCUGCGGUACAUGGAAGUCUCUCAAGGAGACCACCGCUCUGUCUACCUUCUCUAAGCUUAAGGAUUAUCUCGUCAAACCAAUUGCUGCCACCGGCGUCUCCACGCUGGUCAAGGGCAGUGCCGGACCUGCCAACGUCGGCUCCUCCACAGCUGUCGCUGAAAAAGCCUCCACUGAGACUGAGACUGCGACCAAGAGCAACGCUGCUGCAGCUACCCUUGCUGCCUCCGAGACUAUUACCAAAGAGACCGCCACUGAGGAGCCCGCCACCGCGGAGUCCAGUUUGUCGACUGUUACUGCUCAGGCUUGGAGCCAGUGCGGCGGCAGCGGCUGGCGUGGUGCCACCACUUGCGCCGCCGGAACUUCCUGCGUCUUCCAGAAUGAGUGGUACUCUCAAUGUGUUAGCUCCGCCGCCAGACGUAGCAUGAAGUCUCUCCGUCGUAUUUAA